CAGCCGGCGACACGCCUGCAGUCACGCGGCGUUGACGCGCGUCGCAACAUGUUUGCGUGGGUGUAGAUCGCUUCGUGAUAAACAAUAUAAGUGUUUUCUUUCUUAUCAACUAAACAAAAUUGUGUACUAUUGUUACCUGUAUGAAUAAAACGCGAUCGUUCCGUACAGUUGAAUGUUUACAAAAGUGUGCAUUGUGGCGUUAAAGAUAAGUGUUGACUGGAGUGCAUGUUUUGUUGUUGCCGACUCAAAGGACAGGAUUUUGGCCGUGCUGUUGAAGGUCUAGGGCCGGCAUGAGGAAAAUAAACGUGGGCGGCAUGUCUCGCGGCGGCAGCGGUGCCGGCAAGACAGCGACCGCGAAGCGCGUGCCGCCGCCAGCGGUGCCCGGCGACGCGUUCGGCACGCCGCAGCACCGCCACUCGGGCUCCAGCUUCGGCUCGCAAGGGUACGCCUCGUGCGAGGACCAGCCGUACCCGCAGCCGCCUGAUACGCCCUCUCAUACACGAGAUGACCACUCAGACUACGGCAGCACGGUGUCCGGAGUGUCUGGAGUGUCGGGCGCGAGCGGCAGCCUCGGCAAGAGUCCCGCGGGAGGAGGCACGUUCACAUUCCCUCCGCCCUCGCAGCCGCUCACUCACAAGGCCGCCGUGUACUACCAUCACCAGCUAGCGCUGAGCGAUGAUCAGGGCAUUGAUAUGACGCAGAGUCCCGGCCGAGACAGUCCCGGAUCGUCGUCAGGCUCGGCGGGAUCAGGGUCGCGUCACUCGUCAGCAUCGUUGGACAGCGGUAGAGCCUCGGGCAGGAUGCCGCAUCACCACCACGCCGCGUGCCACUGCGGCGACCUGGCUGAUAGAGUCAGGGCUAUGAUCGCUCAGGGACUGCCUGACACAGAUAUAAUCCACGUGUGUCUAGCGGACCUGCAAAUGGAAGAGUACUCGCGACUCUUCAUCGAAGCGGGGUACGACCUGCCCACGGUGACGCGGAUGACGCCCGAAGACCUGACCGCCGUGGGCAUCAAGAAGCCCAACCAUCGCAAACGGUUAAAGGCCGAACUGGCCAACCUGAACGUGCCCGAUAACUUGCCGGAUUAUAUACCGGGCUCUUUGGAAGAAUGGCUGCGGUUGCUUCGACUCGAGGAGUACGGACCAGCGCUCGUGGCUCAAGGGUACCGCACUGUCCACGACGUCACACAACUCGCUUGGGAGGAUUUAGAAGACAUGGGCAUUGUCCGACUCGGACACCAAAAGAAAAUACUUCUUGCUAUAAAAAGAGUUAAAGAUAUAAGGGCGGGUAAAAGAAGCAUCAGUAACCAGGGUUCCCUGGACUUUCCGAGGAUACAACCAGGCCAGGAUUUAUAUCCGAGGGAGCGUUGCCAGUGGGAGAGGAGUUACCAUAAACCCCCCGACCUAAACUUUGAUGCCCUACCGACGCCCCUAUGUGCCACUGAUCUGGUCCCAAUUCAGAUCCGUCACCCGCGCGGCAAAUCGCUGGAAAGCCUCGAAGACCCGUCAGAAAGGACAUCUCACACCACAUUCUCUCCGGACGCGGGCUUCUACUACGGCGCGGGACAAUGGCGGCGCUCAUACGACGACGGAGACAUCACGCCGACAAACGACAGCUCGUACGAAGGCGGCGGUACAUUGCCGCGUCCGAGGGGUCUGGUGCGCCCUCGCCCCGUAGCUAAAAUUCAAGCUACUCCAGCGUAUCGAGACAAGUCGCCCGAUUAUACGUACGACGAGAUCGCGUAUUCAGCGCGACUGCAGCGCGUGGCGUACGGCGCAAGUCCGCACGUGGCUCGGAAGCCGCCGCCAGAGCCUCCGAAGAGACAGAGUUCUCAGUACGCGCCGUUCUCGCGCUUCGGUCAAACGACGGUAGAGAUCCACCCGGAGAAGAGUCUGCCGCUGAGUCUGCCGGCGUACCCGAGCUCGGACUCGCUGUCGGUGUCGCUCGACAGCACGGGGCUGCUGCCGCCGCCGCCCGCGCCCUCCUCGCCGCCGCGCCGGUACGACGACGACAAGCACAGGACCGGCUCCGAUGCUAGCUUUAAGUCGAGUUCGAGCACGGAGUCGGACAGCAUCCCGUUCGCGAACGAGAACGCGGGCACGAUAAAGCAGAACCGCGGUCAGAUCGGCGCGCGGCCGCACACGGUGGACUACGGGCGCGGCGGCAUCUCGCUCGCCCCGCUGGCGCCGCACGCGCCGCACGCCGCGCUCCCCCCGCGCGCCGACGCCAAGCCCGCGCACCUGGCCGAGCCCGGCGACAAGAGCAACGAGCCCGUCGACGUGCUCAACGACAUCGGCAACAUGCUCGCCAACCUCACCGACGAACUCGACGCCAUGUUGGAGGAAGAGAAGCGCCAGGGCCUCGCCGAUUCCUAAAAUCGAUUACGAUCGAUUCCGCGUGACACUAUCGAUGUUAGAAUAAUAAAUUCCAAAGAUCGUUUAUCGGCAUUGAUUGAAAUUGGGGCAGGGAACGGGUGGGUUUGCGUUUAUUUUUUUAAAAGCAAUAAUAUGACAGAAGCAAUCGUUUUCGAUAAGGCCAUUCGCUUAGCAAUCGAUCGCUGACAGAAUAUCACGUCCUGCCACACGCUAUCGACUUAUUCCUAAAACUAAAUAAUACAAAAUAAUGAUACAUAUAAUAAUAUUAUAGUUUUGUAGCGUUUUGUACCGGUGUAGUACAUUUUUAUACAAUAAUGGAUGAAAUAGUUUUAAUUAGGAGACUUUAGUGAGCUGUGCGUUUGUUUCGCUGUUUGUACUAAUUAGUUCCUUCGUUGUGUUACGUUUUAAUUUUCCAUUUGAUAUAAUAUUAGAUCAUAGACGGAUCCAAAAUGAACAGAUGAAAAGUGGCUAUUUUUGUAAAUAUUGUUUUUACUUAAAUUAUGUCAUAGAUAAAAAUAUUAUACAGCCCAGUAGUUAGUUUUUCAUGUACAAUAAAAUUGUAGAUUACUCGUUCUUGCAUUAGAAACCGAAGUUAGUUAGAAUUUAUACAAAAUAAUAGAGUUAGUGUGAAAAUUUAGGUGUUAAUGUACCAUAGAGUAUGUAAUAAAUUAGUUUUAGUCCUCAUAGACCUUGUAUGUUAACAUUCUUGUACUGAUUAGGGACAUGACGUUUGAUUCAUCGACACAUCUGCUUUCAUCAAUCAUUGCCUUCGGAGCGCAUCGACAAUUGAAAAAUUAAACAUCUUCAUAAAAGAUUUUUAAAUACCUCGGAAACUUACAUGCGUUCAUGCAAGUUUUAUAAUAGUUAAGAAAACCAAGUAAAUAUGAAAUAAUGCGAUGUAUUUAUAUUUUAGAAAAGCAGAAUAGCAGUUGGAAAUAGAUCAUACAGGCGGACGGCUAUACACGUCAUAUGACUACACAAUUAUAUUAUAAAAAUAAAUGAAAUUUCGGCUAACAUUUGGGUGUUAUUAUUGAUACCUCAAUAAUGUAACAUUCUUUGUAAUUGUAGAAAACUAUUGAAUAAUAAUAUUAAAUUUGUUUUAUUUAAUUCACAAAAUUUUCGUAAAUUUUUAAUAUAAUAAAUUGGAAAAAAUUACGGAUGCACUGUACAAAAUCGUAAUGGUAAAUGAAAAUUAAUCCAAAUAAAAUUUUAUAUGAAUUAUAUUUUUUUUUUUUUCAUAUUGUCGGUGCAGCAUUCCAAGGGCGUUAAUAAUUUCUCGGGUCUUAAAGCUUAUGCUACACAAAUUGCUUACGAUACACAUAAAACGGCCAAAAUGAACGGCGUUUAUGCUGCAAUGAUCACUGGAUAAUGUUAUGUAAUUUCUAAGAACAAUAAUGUGCUAAGACCUCCCUUUUACUUUUAAGCAAGUCCAUAUAACGUGAUAUGUAGCGGCCAUAAUUAAUAAACGUGUAUUUGUUAAUGCAGUGAUGAGGCAAAUGUAUAUUAGAUUAGUUAACUCUUAAGACGUGUAAUCACGUCUUACCAGAGAUUAUUUCUCUUCUUGGACGUGUAUUUACGUCGUUGUAGGUAUUGUGUUAUGUUACAUGAACAUAAGUCCCUACUUAACAAUACGUGGAGCUGCAAAGUAAGCUUAACAUAAAAUACCCUGAUGCCUUUAAUAAAUGCAUUUGAUAUUCUUUAUUAUUCCAUUUUUACCCGUCACUGUAUUUUCAAUGAACAUACCCCAUAGUGUAUCCCUAUUAUAAAAACACGAAUGUAUAGAUAAAAAAAAACAUAAUAAUAAAUUGUAGCACAUUAGCUUGAUCCUGUAAAUAUUUAAUACAGAUCAAUGUUCCAUACUGUCUUCUUUGAUAAUCUUUGAUAACUGCUCGUAAUAUUCUAGACAUUUUGUAUACCUACGUGAUAAUAAAAUGUAAACUUGUAUUUAAUUUUAUCUUCGGACUUGUCGUAGAGAAUGUGAGUAAUUAAAAAAAACGUUUAUUGAUAAAUAUUUGGGGAUAAUAAUUUUGAUCUUUAAAUUCAUAUUUUGGGGUCUUUAAUGAUAUUAAACUUACCCAAAAUUUAGUUGCAUGAAAUAAGUAGGCAUUUUACGCUAAAACUCCACCAAUUACAAUAGAUAAUUUAAAGAAAAUUAUACUCAUACAUUAUUUAAAUUCGGCACAAUAAAGUCUUUAUCCUAUAUUCCAUUCUAAAACAUUAUCAGUUUUGAAAUACACUCACAUUCUGCACGAGAUGUUUGGAGUAUUUAUAGCCGUCACUUGUUUCUCGUCAAAGGUGCUAGGCAUGAAAUAAAAUGAUAUAAUGAUUUACGCAAAAUAUGUUUUAGUUAGCGUUCAUUGUACUAGUCAAAAUUAUUUUGAGUGACGGCGUUUGUGACAUGUUUAGUAAUUUUAUUCUAUUCUGUAAUAAUUGUACCUAAUUGUCAUUAAAAGCAGCUUAACGACUUUUACUUAUUUUAUAGUUCAGUUCUUAUUUGAAUAAAUAUAUUUGUAAUAUCUAA